AUGCUCUGCGCUGGCAGCAAGAUAGCAGUAGGUGUGUUUGGCGAGGCCCCCGAGGACCUGCCAUGCUCGUACGACGACUAUGGCAACCUCGUGCCCAACGUGCUGCUGCAGCUGCAGGCGCUGCUCAUCCACAAGGGCGGGCUGCAGACGGAGGGCAUAUUCAAGGUGGGAGUGGACGCAAGCAGGGAGGAGGCCGCCAAGGCAGCUGUGAAUGCGGGGCAGAUCCCACCUUCCACCGAUGUGCACUGCUUAGCAGCGCUUAUCAAGGUGAGGGGAGGCUCUUAUCAAGGUGAGGGGCAGCGCUUAUCAAAGUGGCAUGGCAUGUGUCGUGUGCAGUUACAGCAGCAAGUGUGUCGCUUAGUGGCAGGGAGUGAGAGCAGCAGUCAGGGCGUGGCAGGUGCUGUGCUGCUGCCAUCACACCCACCACCACCACCAUGCAAUGCCUGCCCGCCUGCCUGCUCUCUUCAUCGCCCUCCCCUCUUCCCUCUCUAUCUCCUCUUCUCCCUCCCCGUCUCCUCUUCUUCUCUCUUCCCCCCCUCCCACUCCUCCCCUCCUUUCCCCUCUUCCCUCCCCUCUCCUCCCCCCUCCGCCCUCCACCCCCCAGGCGUGGUUCCGAGAGCUCCCAGACAGUCUAUUGGACGCGCUGCCACUCUCCCUGCUCGCCUCGGCAGCGGACCCGCACAGCGAGGAGGAGGGCGGCGGCGGCAUGGGCGACGUGCUGGCAGGGGAGGGCCACCUCUUUUCAUCGCCCUCCUCUCCCUCCUCAUCUCCUCCCUUCCUUCUCCCCCAUUCACCUACUCUCCUCUCCCCUCCUCUCCCUUCCUUCUUCCUCCGCCCUCCACCCCCCAGGCGUGGUUCCGAGAGCUCCCAGACGGUCUAUUGGACGCCCUCCCUCUCCCCCUGCUCGCCUCGGCAGCGGACCCACACAGCGAGGAGGGCAGCGGCGGUGGUGGCAUGGCGGACGUGCUGGGAGUGCUGCCGCCCGCCUGCAGCUGCCUGCUGGACUGGCUGCUCAACCUGCUGGUGGAUGUGGUGGAGUGCCAGCACCGCAACCACAUGGGCGCUAGGGCACUGGCACUGGUGUUCGCGCCAAAUCUAGUGCAGGUGGGUGACCCAGCCGCCAGUCUCAAGCGAGCCAUGCUCCUAAUGGACCUCUUAGAAGCCCUCAUUGCGCGCAAGCACCGCCACCGCCAGCUGUUCGCGCACCACUGGCCGGGCGGGGGCGGCCGCGGGGGCGCGUCAGUGCUGUCAGCGUCGGCGUCAGUGAUGGACGAAUCAGAGGACUGGGAGGACACGGAUUUGGAUUCGUCCCUUAACUUCUCGCUGCUCUCAGGGGCGCAUGGGGGUUUGGGGGGGUUGGGGGGACUGGGGGGGUUUGGAGGCGCAGCGGGAGUGGAGAGGUCGUUUGGAGCGGGUUCGGUUCGGAGCGGUGCAGGUGGUGGCGGUAGUGGUGGUGGUGGUGGUGGUGGUGGAGUGCGGUCGGGGUAUUCGUCACCCUCCCCUGCCACGUGGAGGGGCGGGUUUGCUCUGAGGGCAGGGCGGUCGUGGGCUGUGGGUAGUGAUGGGGGGGAGGGGCUGGGUUCGAUCUCUGAGCUGUGCCCUUUAGAGGAUGGGGAGGAGGAUGGUGAGGGGGAUGGGGAGAGGGAUGGGGAGGGUGGUCGGAUGGAAGGAUGGUUAAGGAGCGAGGGUGUGGAGGGAAGAAAGUUGCUGGUUGGGACGAGAAAGAGUGGGGAUGGGAUGGGGCGGAAUGGGGGAAGAGGGGACGGAGGGGUGGAGGGAGUGGAGCGAUUGACCGAGGCGGCAGGGGAGGGGCGUGGGGGGGAUGGGCAUCGAGGAGAGGCGGGCAGUCGCUUGGCAGAGUGGCUGAGGAAUAUUGAUGAGGCUGUGGGGGAGGGGGAGGGGGACGGAGCAUUGGAGGAGGGGAAAAGGGACGAAGCAUUGGGAGAUGGGGAAGGGGGUGAAGCGGAGGGGGAAGGGGGAGAGGAAGAACCAGAGGGGGAAGGAGAAGAGGACGAAGCUGAGGGGGAAGGGGAAGGUGACGACGAAGCGGAGGGGGAGGGGGAAGGGGAAGUAGCAGUUGAGGUAGAACUAGACGAAGCAGAAGCAGGGGAGGAGGACGAGGACUUGGAAACUGCAGGGAUAGGCAUGGAUGAGUGUGUGGAGGAGGAAGAGGCAGAGGCAGCAGCAGAAGCAGCAGAGUUACCAACACUCGCAUGUGAUUUGCAGUGCGGAACAGAAGCUGCGUUGCCCCUGCCAAAGGGGGCAGAUGCAUAUAGUCACGCUGAUGGUGAUGGUGGUGAUGGUGGUGAUGGUGGUGAUGGUGGUGAUGCUGACGAUGGCACUGAUUGUGGAGAGGAGAAGCUGGACAACGAUGAGGAUGAGGAUGGCUAUGAGGGCAGUGGUUGCAGUGAUGAUGUGAGUAGUGUAGGCGCUGAUGAUCACGCCACUGUGUGGCCCCCAGGCGAGGGUGAGAGCAGCAGUGCAGUGGCGGCAGCGGGUGGGGGCACGGGGUUAGUGGCAGGUGGUAGUGGGGCGAGCAAGGUAGGGAAGGUAAAGAAGAGUGCAAGGAAGGCUGUGGCGGAGAUAGAAGAGAUAGAGGAGAUCGAGGUGGUGGAGGAGGGAGGGAUGAAGAAACAGGGGAAACCCAAGCGUGCCACUGCCGCGGCCACCGGUGCCGCUGCUGCUGCUGCUGCUGCUGCCGCUGCUGCGGGUGCUUCAAAGCCUCGCAAUCGUCGUGAGGCAGCAGCAGCAGUUAGUGGUGGUGGUGAUGCCACUGGCAGCACUGCUGCCCACAGGGAGGUGGCAUCCGGGCAGGGCGUGUCUGAGAGGAGCGGCAGGGAGGCAGCGGGGGGGAAGGGGAAGGGGAGGGUUGGCGAGACGGGCGUGAGUGGUGGUAGUGGUGGCGGCACAGGCAGCGCCGUGAGGCUGUCUGGAGGAGGGGCGGAGGGGCGAGCAGCGAGAGGAGGUGCAAAAGCAGCAGGGAGGGAGGCGGCCAUGAGGGAGGCGUUGGGGAGGGAGCUGGCGUGGAUGCAGCGAGUGAGGGAGAUGCAGGGCGGGGAGUGGGGCGAGCGAUGGCAGCGGUGGUUGCAGGAGAGCGAGGAGAGUAGGAGCGAAGGGGGGAGCAGGAGGUGGGGUGCAAGGGAGGGCGUGCAUGUGUUUGGGGAUGGGACUGCCGUGCGGGAGAGGAUUAGCGAGUGGGAGAGGGCUCUUGCUCUUGCCCGCGCUGCUGUUGAUGCGGAAGGGAGGGCAGUGGGGGAGGCAGCAGGGGGAGGGGAAGCGGGAUGGGGAGAGGGAGGAAGGGGGGAAGUGGGGAUUGGUGGGAGGAGGGGAGGGAGUGGACAUGGGAAGCGGCACGAAGGGAGACAGGUUGGGGAGGAGAAGGGUGGAGAUGAAAGGGGUGGAGGUGAGAAGGGUGGGGAUGAGAGGGGAGGGGGUGAGAAGGGGGGGCAGCAGGGGGAGCAAGAGGAGAGCAAGCAGGCACGGGAGCACGGCUCUAAGAUGCAUGGCUCUAAGGUGCACCACCAGGAGCAGAGCAGCGGUGCAGCACCUGACAGUUUGCUCCUUGCCCAACCCCCACCUGGCCGUUCACCUGAGAAUCAGUGUGUGCCGCCCAGUGUGCCGGCUUCAGGUGGUGGGAAGGCGAAGGGGACAAAAGGGGUUAAGGGAACAGGCAAAGACAAAGCAGGUUUGGCAGAGAAGCAAGGGGAAGUGGGUGGAGAAGAGGCGAGUGGAGCAGUGGAGGGGAGUGGGGCCAAGGGAGAGAAGGGGAGGAAGGGGGGAAAGAAGGCAGUGGCAGCAGCAGUGGUGGCGGAGAUGAGGAGGAGGAAGGGCGGAUGGGGGGCACAGAACGAGGGGGAGGGUGAGGGAGAGGCAGAGGGCGAGGAAAAAGCAGCUGCUAGCGAAGCAGUGGCAGGGGGGACGGCAGCGGUGGGUGCAGCAGGGGAGGAGCAGGUGGAAGGGAGGCCACAGGCAACUGCUGGGCAACCGAGUGAGACGCAUGAGCAGCAGAGGGAGCAGAGUGAGCAAAUGGAGCAGUUGCAUUGUGAGGCUCCAGAGGCAGUUGAGCAGGUGAGGAGCAUGGUUGGUGUAGGCGACAAUGGGGAGGCCAGCAGCAGAGGCAGGCGGGCAGGGGAGGGCGAUGCAGGUGGUGGUGCAGUGCGCUCUCGGUGUCCUCCCCAAGCCAUCCCUCCCCAAGCCAUCCCUCCCCAAGCCAUCCCUCCCCAAGCCAUCCCUCCCCAAGCCAUCCCUCCCCAAGCCAUCCCUCCCCAAGCCAUCCCUCCCUGCCACUGCCCUCCUCCUCCCCCCUGCAUCCUUCCAACUCGAGUCUUGCUUCUCCAAGACAGCCCUAUACCUCAUCCCCAACCUCCCCCUCUCGCCCCUCCCUUCGGAAGCAGCACUCCUUCCCUCCUUCCUCCACUGCUCACGCACGCCCGUCCUCGCCUCUCCCCCCUCCACUUCCCGCUCCUCAGCCCCCAAGUUCCCACCGUCCCGUUUGCCAUCCCACCCUCUCCUCUCCUCGCCUCACACCCUCUCUUUCUCGAGCCUCUCGCUCCUCGGCGUCCUCCCGCUCUUCUGCCUCUCAUGCUUCCUCAUCCCAUGCCUCCUCCCCUCGCACUUCCACCUCUCAUGCUUCCUCCUCCCAUGCUUCCUCCUCCCAUGCUUCCUCAUCCCAUGCCUCCUCCCCUCGCACUUCCACCUCUCAUGCUUCCUCCUCCCAUGCUUCCUCCUCCCAUGCUUCCUCCUCCCAUGCCUCCUCCCCUCAUGCCUCCUCCUCUCAUGCCUCCUCCUCUCAUGCCUCCUCCUCUCAUGCCUCCUCCUCCCACGCUUCUUCCUCGCAUGCUUCCUCGUCUCAUAUUUCCUCCUCUCGUCCUUCCUCCUCCCCUUCCUCGCCUCCCUCUCGUGCAUCCACCUCUCGCUCCUCCUUGCCCUCCCUCCCAUCCCUUAAUUCCGAUAUCACACAACCGAUGCAACCACCACAGCAGCAGCAGCAUGAGGAUGGGAUAUUUGGGGGCAGGGCAGAGAAGUAGCACAGAGAGCGCUGGUGAGGGAAGCUUUGGUGCGGUUGGAGGUGGUUUGGUAGGAGGUGGUUCGGUGGGAGGUGGUUCGGUGGGAGGUGGUUCGGUGGGAGGUGGUGCGGUGGGAGGUGGUUCGGUAGAAGAUGGAAGAGACACAGAAGGGGCCAGAGUGAGAAGGCGGCCGCUGGAUGAGGAGGAGAGCAGCAGCAGCUGCAGCAGCCGGAACGCGGUGAUCAAGGGGGGAAGGAGAGGGGUGCGAGGGAGUGAGGUGGGGGAGACGGCAAGGCACAGGAGAGGAAACGCCAGGGCAGAUGGGGAUGAGGAGGAGCAGAUGGUUAGAGGCAAGCCAUGGCGCCGAGCUGCUGGCAGGGUGAGGGCUGAUGAGGCUGUGGGGGGGAGAGAAGGGCAGAAUGCAGCUGGAGAAGAGCAGGAGACACAUGGCUAUGGGGCGAAUGAUGGGGUGGAAGAAAAUGGGAGAGGGAAUGAGUUUGUGCCAGUACACUGCUAG